UAAACGUUCACACCGGCGUUGAGUGUGUCAAUCAAAAGUCUCUCUCUAAUUCGUCCGGUAUAUUUCAAUACACUUAUUUAUUUUUGAUUAAUAUUCCUGAACAAUGCAACUGCAUGCGAAUCGCUAAAUAGACGAUAACAAAGUUACUGACAAAAACAAUAAAUACAGCACAAAAUGCAGUUGGGCUCAAAGUUACAUGUAUACAAGGGCGAAUGGGGGCUGCCGUCUAUAGAUUUCGAAUGUAUGCGUGCUUUGUGUCUACUGCGUUUCACCCGCUGUCCAAUGGAAAUUGAAACAAACACAAAUCCUUUGCGUUCGGGCGCUGGGAAACUACCGUAUCUACAGAUUGGCAAUGAUAAAUUUCAUGGAUAUAAAGAUAUAAAGCGAAUACUGGAUCUUGAGGGUUAUCCGGUCGAUGCGCAUUUAAAUACGAAACAAAAGCAUCUGUCCAUUACAUACUCGAAUUGGGUAUUCACACAACUGCAUGCCUACUAUCAUUAUUACCUAUACGGUGAACCACACAACUAUGAUACGAUGACUCGUGGCCUGUACGCUAAGCGUACACCAUUCCCAUUCAAUUUCUAUUAUCCUUCAACGUAUCAGCGACAAGCAAGCGAUGUGGUACAGGUGCUGGGAGGCUUUGAUAUAAACGAUAAGCUGGAAAAGCAUGAGGGUGACUAUCUUGCGGCUAAUGCGAAAAAGUGUGUUAAUUUACUUUCUCGUAAGUUGGGACGAAAAGUCUGGUUCUUUGGUGAUACGUACAGCGAAUUGGAUGCAAUUGUCUAUAGUUAUUUAGCAAUUAUCUACCACAUAACACUGCCCAAUAAUCCACUACAAAAUCACAUAAAAGGCUGUCAAAACCUAGUGAAUUUCAUUAAACGCAUCACCAAGGAUAUAUUCCGGAAUGAAUGCUAUAGUUCCAUCAAACUAACAAAAGCACCCAGCCAAUCGGAAACAACGCUAUCGGCAUCGGAGCGUAAAUUCACGGAGACGGAUCUGAACACAAAGAUUAUCGCUGGCGUCGGCGCCAUGCUGGCGAUGGGCGCAUUUGCAGCUUGGCGAGGCAUUUACACUCAGUUAACACGGUCGUCAACGGAUUACGAUGGCAUCGACUACGAGGACGACGAUAUGGAUGAAGUGUUGGAUUAGGUACAGUUCUGUAGAUAUAUAGUAACAACAAUCGAUGUAUAUUUAUAAAACAACGCUGGAAGAAGAGUGAAAUCGAAAAGCACAGCAGUCAUUUUUCCAUAUGAACUAUUUAAAAGAAAGAAAAAAACAAAAAACAUAUUAAUGUACAUACGAUUUGAAACUAUAUAAAUUAUUAAUGCGCCCUAAACUAUUUGUCAUUGUUUUUAAAACUAUUUACCUAUAUGAAAUUGUAUGUUAUAAAAACGAAACAAAACAAGCAGCAACCAAAACGUAAUAA